GCUCAGUCGCCCCUCUGUGACCUCUUUCCUCGCCCCCUCCCCCCACUCCUUUCUUUCCAGGUCGUCAGGGCUUGUGCAGGCGAGACUGCUGUGGGCCUGGAGAGUGACCUCCGAGGACACGGCUGACUGCGACUGACCCGGGAGAGGCGUCCAGGGCCGGCCACAGGGGAGACCUGGGGCCACUCCUUUGCCAGGGGGGAGCCGGUGGCCGGUCUGAGCCUUGGGGCAGCUGACGGAGGGGUCCGUAGCCCGCCAAGACUGGCGGUGACACGUCGCAGCCGGGCGGGGCGUUUCCCCUGGGGGGUGGCGCGGGCUGGCCGGCACAUGGCCUCCCAGGCGGUGGCGAAGCGGAAGCGGGUCGUGCUGACGCUGAAGGAGAAGAUGGACAUCUGCGCGCGCCUGGAGAAGGGCGAGAACCGCAAGGCGCUGAUGCAGGAGUACAACGUGGGCAUGUCCACGCUGUACGACAUCAAGGCGCACAAGGCGCAGCUGCUGCGCUUCUUCGCCGGCUCCGACUCGCAGCAGGCGCUGGAGCGCAGGCGCACGCUACACACACCGAAACUGGGGCACUUGGACCGCGUGCUGUACGAGUGGUUCCUGGUGAAGCGGGCCGAGGGCGUGCCCGUCUCAGGUCCCAUGCUCAUCGAGAAGGCGAAGGGCUUCUACGAGCAGAUGCGCCUCACCGAGCCCUGCGUCUUCUCAGGUGGCUGGCUCUGGCGCUUUAAGGCCCGGCACGGCAUCAAGAAGCUGGACGCCGCCUGCGAGAAGCAGGCGGUCAACCGUCAGGCAGCGGAGCAGUUCUGCGGCUUCUUCCAGGGCCUGGUGGCGGAGCACGGGCUGUCCCCUGAGCAGCUGUACGACGCCGAGGAGACGGGGCUCUUGUGGCACUGCCUGUCCCACCCCGCGCCUGAGGGCCACCCCGCGCCCGGCCUCCAGCAGGGCAGGGAUCGGCUGACCGUCCUCUUGUGUGCCAACGCCGCGGGCUCCCACAAGGUCAAGCCCCUGGUGGUGGGCAAGUGCCGCGGCCCCCGGGCGCUCCAGGGUCUCCAGCACCUGCCCGUGGCCUACCGGGCCCAGGGCCACCACGGCUGGGUGGACAAGGAGAUCUUCGCUGACUGGUUCCACCACGUCUUCGUGCCCUCCGUGCACGAGCACUUCCGGACUGUGGGCCUGCCCUCCGACGGCAAAGCCAUCCUGCUGCUGGACAACUCGCAGGCGCACCCGCCCGAGGCCGCACUGGUGUCGGACAACAUCUUCACCAUCUUCCUGCCAGCCGGCGUGGCCUCGCUGAUCCAGCCCAUGCACCAGGGCGUCCGGCGGGCCUUCCUGCGGAGCUUUCUCAGCCCGCCUGCCCCCCUGCAGGACUUCCACCCCCGCUACAGCAUCCAUGACGCUGUGCUCACCGUGGCCUGUGCCUGGGGCGCGGUCCCCAGCGUCCUGCUGCGCCGCGCCUGGAGGAAGCUCUGGCCGGCCGCCGUGUUUGCCGACGGCUGUUCGGAGGAGGACAACGACGAAGUGGCCGGGCGUCCGCAGAGCAAGGCUCUCGCCCACAUCCCAGAGGCCAUCCCGGAGCCCCUGAAGGACAGCCCAGCGCCUGUGGGCGGCGCGGGCCCAAAAUGUGAGGGCGGGGAGUGGGCGGGCGUGGCUCCGCAGCGGGCCCUGGCACUGCGGGGGGGCGGCCAUCGAGCUGGCCUGGCGUUGGGCAGGGAGGCUCCGGGCGCCUGGGAGAAGGCUGCCGCGUGCUUCAAGGGCAUCCUGGACUUCGCCGAGAGGCACCCCUGCUUCAGCCCCCGGGAGCUGGGCCAACUGCGCCUGCUCCACUCCGCCUUCCUGAGGCACAGGCUGGCCCUGGGGAGCGUAGUCAAGACAGAAGGCCCCCACGAGUGCCCCGGGGCGGGCCUGGCUCCUGUGCGCCCCCCUCUGCCGUGCACAUCGGCAGCAGCUCACAGUGACAGCUGA